CAGAGAGAGAACGCUAUGGAGGCAGUUGUAGCAGAAACACCAAGAGUUAAAGUGGCGGCUCUAUGUGGGUCUCUUCGCAAAGGCUCGUAUAACCGUGGCCUUGUUCGUUCUGCAAUCGAGCUGAGCAAGUCCAUCAAUGGCUUGGAAAUAGAGUACAUAGACAUUGAACCUUUGCCUAUGCUCAACACUGACUUAGAAGGAGAGGGAACUUUCCCAACAGCCGUGGAAGCUUUCCGCCAGAAGAUUAAAGAAGCUGAUUCCAUUCUCUUUGCCUCGCCCGAGUGCAACUACUCAGUCUCAGCUCCAUUGAAGAAUGCAAUUGACUGGGCAUCUAGACCACCAAAUGUUUGCGCUGACAAAGCAGCUGCAAUUGUAAGUGCUUCAGGAGGUUCUGGUGGGAAACGGUCACAGUAUCACCUUCGCCAAAUUGGAGUUUUUCUGGAUCUUCAUUUCAUCAACAAACCUGAGUUUUUCUUGAAUGCACGCGAACCUCCUACAAAGUUUGAUGGCAAUGGUAAUCUGGUUGAUGAAUCAGUCAAGGAGAAGUUGAAGGAAAUUCUCAUAUCCUUGCAUGCAUUUACUUUGCGCCUCCAAGGAAAGCUUGAGAAAUAAUUUGUGAUUUUUAAUUAGAUGAAAAAUAAUUAAUAUGUGAUUUAAUA